AUGGCAGGUGGGCGCCUCUUGCUUCCAGCCAUUGUGAUGGCCCUGAGUUGGCUGGCUGCCGGGCACCCCGCCGGUAGGCAGUUCCACCUUAAGCUGACGGGGACGAGAGGCUGUCGGGUUGCCCAUCCAUCCACUAUACUGAUCAAGUAUCUGGUGAAUCUUGACAGGCCAACACGAGUCCCUCACGCCUUGACCUGGGUCGAUAAUGGCGGCGUACCCGAUUCCACGACAACCGAUGACGUUCUGCUACUGGAACCCAACCUGGCUAUCAACGGCGGGUCUAAUAAGCGACGAGAGCGAAAGGCACCAUCCGCAUUGACACGGACGCGGACACGGACAUGCCUACCAGCCAUUCCCGCCGCGCGUGCUUCGUAUUCCUCGCCCGCUGGUGGCAAGGUGAGAGCUACUAUCGCCCUCUCAACACGUGUCAGUGGCAGCGGCAUCGUCAAGCCAUCCGACCCAACGCGCCCCGACCGCCCCAGCCCUGGCAAGUCCACAGGUGGACAGGGGCUGCUUAAUAUUUCCCAGUCGGAGGCCCCGGUAAAGUUGUUUGGAGUUUCGUACGCUCCCUAUCGUGCGGAUCAUAGAUGCAAGACAGCGAAGGACAUCCAGGAAGAUUUUCGCCACCUCGCAGGAAAGUACUCCGUCGUGCGCAUCUACGGAACCGACUGCGAACAGGUGGGAAAAGCGUAUCCCUUGGCCAAGGCGCACGGUAUGAAGCUGUUUCUAGGCAUCUGGGCGCCGGCCGCCGUCAGGGAGGAGGCUGGCAAGAUUGUUUCAGGGGUGAAGGGCGACUGGAGCAUUGUGCACACAAUCAGUGUCGGCAACGAACUAGUCAACAACGGACAGGCCUCGGCAAAGCAGAUGGUGAGUGCCAUCAAGACAGCACGCUCCAUCCUCCGCUCCGCCGGAUACCGGGGACCAGUCGUAACGGUGGAUACGGCUGCGGCCACCCGAGCUCACCCUGUGCUGUGCGAGGAGUCCGAUUACUGCGCCAUCAACGCACAUGCCUUCUUUGACAGCACCGCCAGUGCUCCCAGGGCCGGCAAAUGGCUUCGCGAGACAGUCAGUAGCGUCAGGUCGGUCCUUUCGACGCCCAAGGAGAUUAUUGUCACCGAGACCGGCUGGCCCACCAGAGGUGACAUCAACGGCGUAGCGAUCCCAGGCAUGGAUAAUCAGAAGGCCGCGCUCGAUUCCAUAAGGAGGGAAUUUGCCGCUACCCCGGGUCGCGUCAUUCUAUUCUCUGCUUUCAACGACAUGUGGAAGCGGCGGGAGUCGGCCACCUUCAACGCUGAGCAGUUUUGGGGCAUCGAUGGUGCUGUGGCAUUCUCUGACCUCUGA